AAAGAGUUGCGACAUUACGAGAAUUAAGACUGAGAUUUACGUGGCCCAUCUCCAUCUCCGGAGAGGUGGGCAGGGGCAAAGUGCACGCCGUGGGGAAUGGAGCAGAUCUCGAAGCUAGUGGGGUCACCAUGUACCCACGCACCCGCACUCACAUUCUUGAGGAAACCCUCCCUGUCCCUGGCUCGAGCGCGUUAUUACGCGACCCGGGGCCAACAAACCCGCGCACUGCCCUUCAACCCAGCGCCAGAUGUUGAGUUUGUGUCUGCCUACACAUUUCACGCACUUGAUAGGAACCUGCAAGUCUCUACAAGUGGAUUUGUGCACACCACCAUGCCUACGCGUCGGCGACAACAUCAUGAUGUGCAGCCCGUGCCGGAGGGGCCUCGGCCUGGUCUGCAUGAGCAGCCCAGCACCCAAUUUUCGAAAUCUCGCGCCCGUCCCGGCUCUGUCCUCACCAACGCGCAGCUUGUCGACAUCUUCGCCGAGAAGCUCAGCCUGACGCCAGCCCGGAAGAAAUCCUUGAUCGGGAACCUUUGUUUUUGGGACUCCAUGAGUGUAGAUGGUAUUGGUGGGAUGUGGUCUCUUAAGGACGACUACGUGAGUGGCGGCCGUUUGGGACGCAACCAUACCCUGCCCGAUGUACCGAACCACUACAUCCGGGACUGGAUGUUGGAGCAGAUCGACCUGGGCGAGAACGAAGUAGAGCCCCUCAGCCAAGAUGACAGGGAGCUUGCUCGGAGGGCCCUCCUCCCAGACCUGACCGCUGAUCAGGUCAAAGAGUACAGCAACAUACUUGCCAAGCGCAGAGAGGAUAAGUUGCGCGCUGAAAGGGCCGCAAACGGCAUCCCCGAGGCCGACGCAACGCCAGAAGAGAUCCGAAAAUGUGCGCUCAAGCGAGCCAUGAUUCGCUACGACCUUGAGAGCGAGAAGCAGGCCGAGGCUGCCAUAAAGCUGGAAGAUGCACUGGAAGCAGUCGACACCACCGUUGAUAUGACGCCCCGAGUGAGGCCUGGGGUUGUCCGCAACUACGACAAGUAUAAGCCCAUCAGGCGUUCUGUCCUGUACCCUCACCUCCCAAGUUACGCGACCCCUCCGUGUGAGAUCGGGUUGUCGCUGCCUGUGCAGAUAGACCGGGACUGUGAUCAGAUUCGUUUAAUGAUCCGCCGCUUCUGCCAUUUCGACGAAGACUGGCCUCGACUUUGCUACCAGUACAGUCAUCAUGACGAUUUCGGGCUUGAAGUCUUGCCAUCAAUUUUGGGGGUCUCACGCCAAACCCUGGCCGCCUUUGUGAGGCAGAAGGGCCAAGAUAAAGGGGAGCAGUCCAAGGCGUACCAGUUGGCGUGGGAGUUCUUCAAGCGGAGAGAACUACUGGGUUAUCCUUUGGUGAAAGACGAGGAAUUAUUAGCAAUUCGUGCUGGUAGGAAGGACGCACGCGCAGACACCAGUAACAGCGGGGAUGACGAGGUCGUCGAAGAAACGGAGACCGUUCGAGCCAAUAGCUCCGACCGGCGUUCGUCCAAACGCAAAAUCAAUGACGAGCAAGAACGCAGCGAUGGUGGGAGAAAGAAGACCAAGACCACAGCAACUCCGAGCAGGAGGAGUGCAAGGCUUAGGCGCUAGAUGACGAUCCGUGAUGCGUCACCUGAACGCGCGCCUUUGCAGCGUUAUGCUUGAUCACGCAGUCUUCGGUGUCUAGCAGAGGCUUGGAUCUUACUAUGGGAACAGCACACGAUGUGAGCCAAUCCACUCAUUCAUUCAAUAGCUAGGUAGUCAAGUG